UCUAGAGACUAGAUACAAGACAGGAUCCAGAGAGACAGAGAAGAGACACCAGAGUUAUGGAGAAACAUCACUGCGACUCUUGUGGGAAGAGCCUUUCCUCAUUCAGUAGCCUCCAGAAGCACAUGCUAAUCCACACUGGAGAGAAGCCCUACAGCUGUGACGUCUGUGGUAAAACCUUUAGACAGGCUGUUCACCGCAGGACCCACACCACAGAUAAGCCCUACAGCUCUGACCUCUGUGGUAAAACCUUUAGCAUGGCUAGUACUCUCAAUGAUCACUGCAGGACCCCCACUGAAGACAAGCCCUACAGCUGUGACAUCUGUGUUCACCGCAGGACCCACACUGAAGAGAAGCCCUAUAACUGUGACCUCUGUGAUAAAACCUUUAGCCUGGCUAGUACUCUCAAUGAUCACCGCAAGGCCCACACCGGAAAGAAGCCCUACAGCUGUGACCUCUUUCACCGAAAGACCCACACUGAUGAGAAGCCCUAUAACUGUGACCUCUGUGAUAAAACCUUUAGCCUGGCUAGUACUCUUAAUGAUUACCGCAGAACCCACACUGGAGAAAAGGCCGACAGCUCUGACGUCUGUGAUAAAACCUUUAGCCUGGCUAGUACUCUCAAUGAUCACCGCAAGGCCCACACCAGAGACAAGCCCUACAGCUGUGACGUCUGUGUUCACCGAAAGACCCACACUGAUGAGAAGCCCUAUAACUGUGACCUCUGUGAUAAAACCUUUAGCCUGGCUAGUACUCUUAAUGAUUACCGCAGAACCCACACUGGAGAAAAGGCCGACAGCUCUGACGUCUGUGAUAAAACCUUUAGCCUGGCUAGUACUCUCAAUGAUCACCGCAAGGCCCACACCAGAGACAAGCCCUACAGCUGUGACGUCUGUGGUAAAACCUUUAGCCAAGCUAGUACUCUCAACGUUCACCGCAGAACCCACACUGGAGAAAAGCCCUACAGCUCUGAGUUCACCGAAAGACCCACACUGAUGAGAAGCCCUAUAACUGUGACCUCUGUGAUAAAACCUUUAGCCUGGCUAGUACUCUUAAUGAUCACCGCAGAACCCACACUGGAGAAAAGGCCGACAGCUCUGACCCUGGCUAGUACUCUCAAUGACCACCGCAAGACCCACACUGGAGAGAAGCCCUACAGCUGUGACCUCUGUGGUAAAACCUUUAGCCAAGCUAGUACUCUCAACGUUCACCGCAGAGCCCACACUGGAGAAAAGCCCUACAUCUCUGACGUCUGUGAUAAAACCUUUAGCCUGGCUAGUACUCUCAAUGAUCACCGCAAGGCCCACACUGAAAAAAAGCCCUACAGCUGUGACGUCUGUGGUGAAACUUUUAGCCAGGCUGGCGGAUUAAGAGGUCACCACCGGAUCCACACUCAGGAGAAGCCCUACAGCUGUGACCUCUGUGAUAAAACCUUUAGCCUGGCUAGUACUCUCAAUGACCACCGCAAGGCCCACACCGGAGAGAAGCCCUACAGCUGUGACCUCUGUCGUAAAACCUUUAGCCUGGCUAGUACUCUCAAUGAUCACCGCAAAGUCCACACUAAAAAAAAGGCCUACAGCUGUGACGUCUGUGGUAAAACUUUUAGCCAGGCUGGCGGUUUAAGAGGUCACCGCAGGAUCCACACUGAGGAGAAGCCCUACAGCUGUGACCUCUGUGAUAAAGCCUUUAAAAAGGCUGGCCAUCUCACAGUUCACCGAAGGAUCCACACUGGAGAGAAGCCCUACAACUGUGGACUGUGUGGUAAAACCUUUAGACUGGCUAGUACUCUCAACGUUCACCGCAGUAUCCACACCGGAGAGAAGCCCUACAGCUGUGACGUCUGUGGUAAAACCUUUAAAAAGGCUUUCCAUUUCACAGAUCACCGCAGUAUCCACACCGGAGAGAAGCCCUACAGCUGUGACCUCUGUAGUAAAACCUUUAGACUGGCUAGUAAUCUCCACGUUCACCGCAGGAUCCACACCGGAGAGAAGCCCUACAACUGUAACCUCUGUGGUAAAACCUUUAGCCAGUCUAGUGCUCUCAACAUUCACCGUAGGAUACACACAGGGGAAAAGCCCUACAGCUGUGAAUACUGUGAUAAAGCCUUCUCUACCUCAGCUUCUUUUAAGAAUCACAGUAGGAUCCACACAGGAGAGAAGCCCUAUAGCUGCCCACACUGUGAUUACUCAGCUUUUGGGGCUAGUGUGCUGAAUGUCCAGUCCAACCUCUGCUCUCACCUGGAUGAAGCUUUCCACAUACAGCAGGAUGUACACUCCACAGUCGCUGAAGUUGUCCUGCUGAGGUACUCGAGCCCUUCAUCACGUCCUUCCCAAAGCUCCGCUGGCUUCCUUUCCUCGCCUCCCAUUCCACCUCCAGAGGUCAUGCCUGCUGUCUACAUAUGGGGCAAGGAGCCUCUGACAGCCUCCACGCUGGCCUCCACUCCUCUGCACUACCACAAACUGAUGCUGGGAGAGUGUCUCAUCACCCUCAUCCACAAGCCCAUGCUCAGGCCCCGGUCCAUCCUGUACCGUGAGGUCCAGACGGCUCACGCCCUGGUCCAUCCUGUACCACGGCUCAGGCCCUGCUCCAUCCCGUACCGUGAGGUCCAGACGGCUCAGGCCCUGGUCCAUCCUGCACCAAACGCCCCCUCGGGGCUUAGCAGCUUCUGGACAGUGUCAGUCUCUGGGUUCUCCCUGACUCACUAUGGAAGACAGAUCCUGCUUCUUACAAGAUCUCAGAACGGAUUCCAAUAUGUUGGUAAUUGA